AUGUGGGUGGCGUCGUGCUUGACGUCGUGCUGCGCGAGCUGCACCUGCGGGUUGUGCGCGUCGGCGGCAUCGGGCAUAUCCCGGCGUUCUGCAAGGAUCGCCUACUGCGGCCUCUUCGGUCUCUUCCUAGUUCUUUCGUGGAUACUCCGGGAGGUUGCCGCUCCACUCCUUGAGAAGAUCCCAUGUACGUGGGUCCUAAUUUCAUGUUGUCCCCCUCUUUUCUAUCGCCGUCCUUUCGUGGAUACGUGUGGUCAGUUCUGUGGAGAUGUAUUUUGAUGAUUCAGAUUUGGAGAAUCACCCCAAUCAAAGCAGAAUAAAGGCUUCAUGUGUGAAUAUUUCACUGAAAACAAAUUGAUAAAUCUAAAGCUUUUGGUUCUUGAUGUGCCGAUAGCCAGAGGGAAAGUGUCAAUAUCAUGCCAUCUAUCCUGUCUCAGAAUGAACCUAGAAAUCGAUGCGAAAAAUAUCCAUUUGUACGCGAAUCCUAUGUUUUCAUGCCAUGGCGUUCUCAAUAAUUCAACUUGUUGCCUGAAUCCUGUGGAGAUGUAUUUGAUGACAAUGAAAUCGUGUAUGGCGCAAAAAAUCUUAGUAUUCAAGAAAUUGAUUUAUGGCCCUUUUGACCGCAAGGUUUUUCUUUUUAGAGACAUCUCUCAUUGCAUUUGCUCCUCUUAAUCCCUCAUAAGGCGAUGAGUUUUUGGGUCGCCGUCUAUCUUGGUCUCUCAAAUGGCUUAGUCAUCGAUUUUCAUAAUUUUUGGCAUUUCAUAAGAAGCUGUCCUCUCUGCAUCAGUUUGAGCCACCACCUAUGAUGAUCUGGGAAACGUGAUGCUAUGAUCCGUUGAAGUCAUGAUAUCUCUUGCAUAAAUGUGAACAGAUGGUAUCUCCUUCUUCAAAUCCCCAUCCACUAUAGAGUAGAUCUUAGGGUUUACUGUUCCCCUUCAUUAAUCUGAAUUUAAAGGGAUGAGGGUUGCUUAGGUGUUAAAAGGCAGUGAGGCAGUGAUUUAUAUGUAAUCUAGAUACAAAUAGAAUCUUUUUCUGGGAUAUUUAGAAUUACAUUUCCAAGAAGAAAUGACCAGUUGGAAGGGAAAAUGACAGAGUGAUUUUUUUUUCUAGUCUCCUUCCUUUAUCCUGACUCAAAUUCAAGAGUUGGAGAUCAUGUGACAAGAGAUGUUGAGAAGAUGUGUGCAUGAGUGAGAAGAGCGGGAUUUCAAAAAUCAUAAAACUUUAUUAAAACAAAUAGAUGUCCCCAAUUAUGAACCAUCCAUACCCUUGAAAUAGAGAAGGCAACUUAUUGAUGCCCUUAAGGUUUCUUUCUUUCAACCUGUUCUUGUUUGCUUUAGGUGGCACGGGUUUAUAUAAAGUGACUUGAAUUUGAUUUUCUUUACAGGGAUUAACACUUUCGCUCACACUCCAUCAAAGGAAUGGUUUCAGGUCGAAGCAGUUCUUCGUGUGAGCUUAGGAAAUUUCUUGUUUUUCACAAUAUUUGCCCUUAUAAUGAUUGGUGUCAAGGACCAAAAUGACAGAAGAGAUUCGUGGCAUCAUGGAGGAUGGACGGUGAAAAUUGUGAUUUGGGUCUUGCUUAUUGCUCUGAUGUUUUUCCUUCCAAAUGUUGUAACUACUGUAUAUGGUAAGUUCACUGCAUUGAGGCAAUUUUUUGUGAACUAAUUCUUUCCUACAGUAUCCCUAAAUGAGCAUUCUCUCCUACAAUCUAGACUUGGUUAUUUUGUUUGUUAUCGCCCCACUAGUAUGUCACUUUAUGUGACCUCAUUCUAGGAAAAUUGCUGUUCUAUUUAAAUGGGCAAAAUUCACUAGAGUGUCAUUUCCUGUACUUAUUAAGGAACCAAAAAGUAUAAUUUUUCGAUUUUGCAUUUGAUAAGUAUCACUAUCAAUAGGAAAAUAAUCCUGGAUAUUGAAGGAUUUACUGUUGUUGAGCGAAUUCAGUUUGAUAAGAACUAUAGAGGCUUACCAAUUACUAACACCAAAAGUGAGUGGCCAUUACCCAAAAGCUGCACUUGGCCUCCAAUUCUAAACCUAGGUCGUGAUGUAAUUUACAGUCACUGAAUUACACAGAAAAAACUUAAAUUUGGGAAACUCGUGCAUCAUGUAGCAUUGUAUAUUGCACCAUUGCGUAAGAAAAAAACCUAUUGUUAGAGUUAUUCCACAAGAGAUAACUGAUAACGAUGAAUUUUUCACAAUUUAUGUUCUUAAUUGGCAUUGUUUCUUAUCCUGGAAAAAUAAAUUAGUUGGAUUCAUUUUAAAUAAUAAAAUUUACUACAUGUGAUCCCUUUAAGUAGCAUCAACAUUCUGAUAUUAAAAACUAUUUUCUCUCUCCACAAAGAAAUAUUAUUUUGUUUCCAAAUUUUUUGUGUGAUCUGUAUCUGAUUGUAUCCUCCAGCCAUUGGUGCUUUCUUUCCCAUGAAGCAUGAGGCCUUAAGCAUUAAGAGAAACAAGUGUAAACUGUGCUUCCCCUGCCUAGGGCAUCUGAAAGAAUAGUUUGUUUUGGGACCCUGGAAGAAUACUUUGAUCCCUAGCCUUGUCCGGCUGUUCAUUGCUUGUUGAAUGCAUGUUUUUUCUAUCAUUAUUCCAUUAUUUCAUAUUUGAUAAUUUUGGUAUCAGAAACACUAUCGAAGUUCGGCUCGGGUUUGUUUUUAUUGGUCCAAGUGGUCAUAUUGCUGGACUUCACACAUACUUGGAAUGAUGCAUGGGUUGAAAAGGACGAACAGAAAUGGUGGGUUAUGUAUAAUUUAUCCUUGUUAUAUUGUGAAUUUACCAUAUUUUUCUGAUUGUCUAAGUAUUCUGUGCAGGUACAUUGCUUUACUUGUGAUAUCAGUUGUGUGCUAUAUUGCUGCCUUCUCAUUCUCAGGGGUUCUCUUUAUCUUGUUCAAUCCAUCGGGCAAUGACUGCGGACUCAACCUGUUUUUCAUCAUCAUGACCAUAGUUCUUGCCUUUGUAUUUGCUGUUAUCGCAUUGCAUCCACAGGUACUAGCUCGUGGAAUUCGAAGUUAGUUAUUACGUUCCAGAGGUUGGAAACCUAAGGCAAAUCAGUUUUGAUGGUUAUAAUUGGCCUUUAGUUGAUGGGGAAUGUGCUCCUAAUGGUUGACUCUUUUUAAUGCCAACUUAUGGCCCUAUCUGCUUAUUUGAUUGACUUAAAAAGUGUGCUCAAGUUCCAGAUUAUAACAGUUUUCUUGAAUAUGUUAUGUUUAAUUGAAUGAAAAGUGAGUAAAUAUUUUUUGGUACCCAAUAGAACGAAAAUUGAUUAAGUUAUCACGCCUUAAUAUAUGAUGGUGCAAGUUUUCUGGAUAAUUUGAUAUUUAUGAUGGAAACAGCAGUAUAUGCUGAAAAGGGGCCACUGGCAUGGUCUUUAGAGGAAAGAAAUAUAUGCACCCUUAGAGAAGAGGAACUUUUCAGGUAAUGUGUACCUAAUAGGGUGAAAGAAGAUGUUGACUUUUUUGGAAUGAGGAAGGCUAUGCAUAUGUUAUCUUAGAUAUUUUACAUUUCUAGUGUGGUGUACAAUCUUUCUGUGUGGUAUAAAACUGUCGUACAUGAGGUUUUUUGAGGACUCACAUGAGCAUAUCUUCCUUUCUUUUUGCUAUGCAAUGAUUAUGGGUACUUGCCGCUACAAAAGAAGAGAUUUUUUUGUGAAUCUUUUCCUCAGUUCCGUAAAUCAUGAGUUGGCAUUUUUCUUGAGUAUUUACCAAAAAAAAUUCUUAAUGGAUUUGAGUUUGUUUUCAUUGCUUUCAGCUUACUCUCAAUAUUUUAGAUAGUCAUAAUUACAUAACCUGAUCUCUAUCAAUUAUUUUGCCUUUUCACUAGUUGGUUACUGUAACCUUGUUGAAGUUUUGCCCACCCCCCACAUUGCUUGGAUUGUUAUCUGAAUCGAUGUAACUUUGGUGGAGUUCUGAACAAUUUCGUGCAUCCUUUUAUCACGGAUUAUGUCAUCGAAACUUCGACCUUGCCAUAAGCUUGUUGAAUAAAUGCUAUAAACCAUAACUUCCACCUCUUUAUUCAAUGAUUUGGUACUAUCCUUGCUGUUCGUUAGCCAAAAAAAAUCUUGACAUAUCUCUAAAUUCUGCAACCUUGAUUGCUACCUUCCGAUUGAAACUCUUGUGAGACUCAGUUUUUUGUCAUACGUGAAUGCCUGGUUGCUUUUCAUGGAACUCUUUGCCUGAUGUAGGAACAGAACUUUUAUUCAAUUACUCUUUUCCUUUUAGCUGGAUUUUUUUCCUAUAAAUAUGGGUCAGCUUACCCAAUAGAAGACCCGUGUGAGAAAAAAUUUAGAUAAAUGAACUUAAUAUAUCAAAUUAUGGAUUCAGAUAAAUCCAAUGAGGGAUCCGCUGGUCGAUAUUUCUUGUUAUCUCGUUCUUCCCUUCCUUUCAUUUUCUUCCCCCCUGCCCUCCAUCUUCCUAUUAUACCAACGGCCUCGUUAGAAACCAUCCAGUGCAAGCUGCACUAGCCGCUCCUCAUCUUGGGUGUCGGAUUUCUGAAACUGAUCCCUGGUUAGUCAGCUCUUCCUGGAUCAAAAUCGUUUUAUUUUGCUUAACCGGGGAGGGAGAUGAAUUUUAUGCCAGUUUUAACCUUUUCUAGAUAGAAUAACUCCCCUCAUUGGUCCCGUGGCCAUUUGUAGAUCCAAUUAACACAAGGGAGGGAUGAAUUAAGAGUAUAAGAUGCAGCAUCAUUAGCUAGUUGUAUGCUGAAUCAGUAGAAAUGGGCGGGCUAAAUGCCAUCCUAAUCCAGAAGAUAUGUCUUUAUUCUGGAUUUGGUGCAGUCAUACUUUUAAGGAGGCAAAACUGAUGCAGUACAAAAAUCAGCAAGGAAGAAACAACGAAAGAAAGAAAGAAAUCAAGGUUUAAACCUGUGUUUUGUGGAAGGACGAAUUGCCCACACGAAUCCAAUCUUAUUUUAUUUACAUUAGUACUUACAUUGAGACUUUUUCUUUUCUUUUUUUCCUGUACUUUAUCAUCUUAUUGUGCACUUUUUGACCUUUCUGUGGGAACUUGUAAUCUAUAGGUAAAUGGUAGUUUGUUGCCUGCUUCUGUGAUAUCUGUGUACUGUGCAUACCUCUGCUAUAGCGGCCUUUCAAGUGAACCCCGAGAUUAUGAGUGCAAUGGCCUGCAUAAACACUCGAAAGGAGUUUCCACGGGUACCCUUAUUCUUGGGAUGCUCACCACCGUUCUCUCUGUCCUCUACUCUGCCGUCCGUGCUGGUUCUUCAACAACUUUCUUGUCACCCCCAUCCUCACCAAAGUCAGGUAUUAUGUCUCAUACUCUCACAUCUGCUUCAGAUGUUUGGCGCAAUGUUUCUUCUGAAAUGAGAAAAUUCAGACUGCUUACUGCCUUAAACUACCCUAAUUAUCAUGCUUGACCAUACCGAAAGUUAAGUAUUCUGGAUAAUGAGACCCGCUGGGCUCUGUACUGCCUCUUGCUUUACUUUUUCUUCAUCCAUGAAAAUCACACAACUAGAUCUUAGCAAAAACACGAUUAGAAAAAAAGCCCCACCCAGAAUGAAAAUUUUCUCUUUUGAAUUUGUUUAGCCAGUUGGUUCCCAAUUGUGAUUCAGGGACGGGGAAACCCCUUCUGGCUUCGAGCGAUGUAGAAGAAGGGAAGGAAGGAAGGAAAGGGAAGGAAGCACGGCCCGUCAGCUACUCAUACACAUUCUUCCAUCUUAUAUUCGCGCUUGCAAGCAUGUAUUCUGCCAUGCUUCUCACCGGGUGGAGCAGUUCCAGUCUGGAGAACUCGGAGCUUAUCGAUGUCGGAUGGGUCUCAGUGUGGAUCAGGAUCUGUACUGAGUGGGCCACUGCUAUUCUGUACAUUUGGACCCUCCUGGCUCCUCUGAUCUUCCCCGACAGGGAAUUCGCCUGA